GUAUAGCGCCGUUCGCAGCUCGCACCGCCUCGCGGUCCUAAAGCAAAAAUCCACCGCCGGGGCUUCCCCUUCUUCUCGUCGCAGGCCCCCACGCGCGCUCCCGCCCGAACCCACGUACGCCCCGAGGACAACAUGGUUCCUCGCGGUUUCAGGACCCUGCUGCUGAUGCUCCUCGUGAUCUCGUCCGUUUCCGAGCCGGAUUCGCGCCGGGAAGCGAAGAGGAGGCUCCUGAGGGAGAAAGUCCGCCGGAUGUUUUACCAUGCAUAUGACAACUACAUGACCCACGCUUUUCCGCAUGAUGAGCUGAAGCCUCUAACGAAAACUUUCACAGACUCUCUUAGUGAGCUUGGCAAUCUUAAGCUUGAGCACCUACCACAAGACUACAAUGGAUCUGCCCUUACGCUGGUAGAAUCAUUAUCUAGCCUCGUUAUAUUGGGGAAUAACACUGAGUUUGAGAAGGCAGUUUUUUGGCUCUCUGAAAAUCUGAAAUUUGAUAUUGAUGCACGAAUAAAUCUUUUUGAGUGCAACAUAAGAGUUCUUGGAGGACUUGUUUCUGCUCAUAUUCUUGCCACUGAUUCUACAAACAGGUUGGUUCAAGGAUCUUACAAGAACCAGCUGCUUUUCCUAGCAAAAGAUCUAGGCAAACGCUUUCUACCUGCAUUUGAUACACCGACUGGAUUGCCAUACGCUUGGAUUAAUUUGAAGUAUGGAGUAACGGCUGAUGAGACUACUGAAACGAGCACCUCUGGGUGUGGUUCACUAAUUCUCGAAAUGGGCACAUUAUCACGACUAACUGGAGACCCCAGGUUUGAGUCUGCUGCUUUACGUGCACUUCGCAAAUUAUGGAGCAUGAGGAGUUCCUUAAAUUUACUGGGGACAACUCUAGAUGUGGAAACGGGAGAAUGGAUCGAGUAUUCCUCUGGGAUUGGGGCUGGAGUUGAUUCCUUCUAUGAGUAUCUAUUCAAAGCUUAUAUUUUAUUCGGGAAGGAGGACUACUGGAGAAUGUUUCACUCUGCUUAUCUCGCCGUGCAGAAAUACUUCAGACAUGGUCCUUGGUAUCAUGAAGCUGAUAUGAGAACGGGAAAAGCAACUUACUGGCAGCUGACAAGCCUUCAAGCUUUUUGGCCUGGGUUACAGGUUCUUGUUGGGGAUAUUGCUGCUGCAAAUUCCACACACCGUGAAUUUGUUCAUGUGUGGAAGAAGUUUGGGGUAAUACCAGAAAGGUACUUGCUUGAUCAUCAAAUAAUUCAUCCUACAGAGAAGUACUACCCUCUUCGCCCUGAAUUGGCUGAGUCCACAUUCUACUUAUAUCAAGCAACCAAAGAUCCAUGGUACAUCGAAGUGGGUGAGUCAAUGGUUAAUUCCCUUAAUCUGUAUACUAAAGUGGAGGGAGGAUUUGCGAGCGUCAGGGACGUGACAACCAUGCAACUGGAAGACCACCAGCACAGUUUCUUUCUCGCUGAAACGUGCAAGUAUUUGUAUCUUCUCUUUGAUGACCAGUUUUUGGUCAAUCAGAACUAUGUAUUCACAACAGAGGGUCACCCUCUUCCUGUAAUGAGAGAUUGGCAAGAGAGGCUUCCCGAGACCUUCAUCCCUACCAACUGGACCUUUUUCAAGACGGACAAGCGAACAAGAGGAGGAAGUGCUAUGUCUUUGCAACUCUGUCCUGCAUUGAGCACCCCUUCACACGGACAGAGAAUGGAGAGCGCCUGUCACGUCCCCGAUGCUCGUGGCAACCACCGGUGUUUGACCGAUGAAGACUGCGGCAUCGACUCCAGCACUUGUAGACGGAGAUCAUGCAGCAUGGCAGGCUACUGCGGGCUCUGGUUGUCCUUAUGAUACCGUGUACAUUGUGUACAUUGCGAAAUUCUUCUUCUUCCCCCCCCCAGGGAGCAAUGAUCAGAGGCCGGCGCUACACAGACGGUUCGGCUUACAAACACACAGGAUUCUUUCAGCGUUAGAAUUUAGGCCUCGACUAGAUCAGUCAUUAAAAAUAGAAGUAGGAUUGGCAGGAUACUUUGUGUACCUACCCUCUCAUCCUUGUACCGUAAUGAGUGGAACCCCCUUCCCCCGGGGCAUCGUGCUGUCGGGUUGAAGAAACAAUUAAUUUCAAAGACAAUUGCCAAA